GCUUUAUGAUGUCAUCAUACUUAAACGCGUCGCUUGGCGUUGCGUUGGCGCACUACAGGGGCCGAGAAGGGAAGAAAUGUGGGCGCGGGCGGUAUGGCUGGCUUUUCGAAGUGGGCUUGGCGGGUGCCAAGCCUUCUCCACCAAGGCGAAUUUUCAGGGAAGCGGUCCUAUCACUGUCGAGGUGAUCGAGCACUUGGAACGUUUAGCCCUUGUAGACUUCGGCAGCCGCGAAGCUGUGGCGCGGCUGGAGAAAGCUAUCGCUUUCGCCGACCGCCUGCGUGCGGUGGACACCGACGGAGUGGAGCCCAUGGAGUCAGUACUGGAGGACAGAUGUCUAUACUUGAGAUCUGACAAGGUAGCAGAAGGCAACUGUGCUGAAGAACUACUACAAAACUCCCAUCAAGUUGUGGAGGAGUAUUUUGUGGCCCCCCCAGGUAAUAUUUCUUUACCAACGCUGGGUGAACAAGAAAGAACCCUUCCAACACAGCUGAGUAGCUAUUCUGGGAAGGGGGUAUCCUGUGAGCACAUGAAAGCGCAAUAAUAGUAUUUUAAUGUAAAUUCUAAUGGCCCUACUUUCUUUAGUAAACUUGAAAAAAAAAAAAAAA